CGCUGUGUGGUGAUUCUUAUUAUUUCAUUUUCAAUUGUUGAAUCGUUCGAAAGUGUAAUUCAUACAUACCAGUGUAAUUUUAUAAAGCUUAAAUUAAAUAAUUAAAUAUACAAACUAAAAUGGCUGCCGAAGGAGAAGUUAAGUUGUACACACGCAAGGAAAUCGCAGAACACAACACUAGCAAAGACACCUGGCUAAUCAUCCACAAUAACGUGUACGAUGUAUCUCCUUUUUUAAAUGAGCAUCCCGGUGGCGAAGAAGUUUUAAUCGAUCAAGGCGGCAAGGAAGCUACAGAGAAUUUCGAAGAUGUCGGUCAUAGCUCUGAUGCGCGGGAAAUGAUGAAGAAAUACAAAAUUGGUGAACUCGUUGAAGCCGAACGUACGAAUGUGCCUAAAAAAUCCGAACCUGCAUGGAAUUCUGAACAAAAAACAGAGGAUUCGUCUAUGCGAUCAUGGUUGCUACCAUUGGUACUUGGAUUAGUGGCUACAGUUUUAUACAGAUACUUCUUUAAGCAGUAAACUGUAAAAAGAAAGAUUUUUUACGUUCGAUUUCGUUCGUUUUGAGUUGUAAAGUUUAUUUAAGAAACCAUUCCCCAUAAUUAGUUAAUGGAAAUCUCUGCAUUUACACGUGCACAGAACAAAUGUCUAAUAUUUUGCAUACAAAAGCAUAAAGUUAAAAAUGGUUGCUGCUUGCUUAUAGAUAAAUUUUACUAAAUGUAAUUUUGUAAAGUAAAAAGCUAAUACAUAUGUAUGUUUACAGUGUUUUUAUGAGGAAAUUAUACAAAUAAAUAUGUAUAAGUACUUGAGGAA